AUGACCAUUCCAAAGAUCCUUGUAUGCCGCGUAAUGCCCACAGAUAUCCUUACGCGUGCAGAGGCUGAGGGCAAAGUCGAACUCAUCACCACCCUGCCCGAACAUGGCGACCAAGCCCCACCCCGCGAAUGGGUGCUUUCCAACCUACCCGGCGUUUCCGGCGCCGUCAUCUGUCUCUCCGAGAAGGUGGACAAAGAGUUCCUCGACACAGCAGGCCCCUCGCUCAAAGUCAUCUCCACGCUCUCGGUCGGGUACGACCACAUCGACCUUGCGCUCGUCAAGUCACGUGGUAUCCGCGUCGGCAACACUCCGCAUGUCCUCGACGAUGCAGUGGCCGAAGUGUGUCUGCUGCUAGCGCUGAUGGUGACGCGUCAAGUGCCUAGUGCUACACGGGUGGUGCACGAGGGCUUGUGGCCGAGUAACCCUUGGACGCCGACUUCCUUUGCUGGACCGUGCAUUGCGGGCAAGACGAUCGGAUUCUUGGGGUUCGGCAACAUCAGCCAGUCGCUGUGCAAGCUGCUCGUACCGUUCAAACCGGCCAAGAUCAUAUACGCAACGUCGAAGCCAAGACGAUUUGACCAGAAUGACGAGUACUUUGCUUCGUUGAUGAGCGAUGGCUUCCCCGUGGACAGGAUUGCGAUCGAGAACCAGCCGGAUCCGAUCAAGUUGGCGCGGGUGGCCGAUCUCGUGUUUGUGCUUGUGGAUCUGAACCCGAGCACAAAGCACAUUGUCGGCAAGCAGUUCUUGGACGCCAUGAAGAAGACGGCGUUCAUCAUCAAUGCGUCACGCGGCGGCACCGUCGACACAGCUGCACUGGUCGACGCUCUGCGCAACGACAAAAUCGCCGGUGCUGGUCUGGACGUUAUCGAAAACGAACCAAACAUUCCCGCGGACCAUCCUCUGCUCGCUCCCGAAUGCAGAGACAAGGUCGCUCUCCUUCCGCAUGUCGGCAGUGGCACCAUCGAGACGCGCAAAGCUAUGGCGGACAUGACCAUGAACAACCUGCUGGGUGCGCUGGGUUUGCGGUCUGAGCCGGGCAAGGAGAGCGAGAUGCAGGCCGAGCUUUGA